GCACUAACUAUCUGCGGUGCUCAUUGUUCAUCAGCAAGGCGGACGGACGUCACAGGCAUGCAAUAGCCGCCUCUCGGCUUGGUCUUGGGGGAGAAGGACUCACUGGAACUUUACAUUUCCUCCUGGUAACUUGUUUUGUUUUGGUCCAUCUUUCACCAAUAGAUUCACAAGUAAAUUACUACUAAAGCUAUCUGUUUUAUCUAAAAGUCAAGUGCUAACUUGGAAAUAGUUUUUUUUAUUUCAUGUGGAAUCAAAAGUGUGAGCUCUCAUACCAACAACUUUGUCAAAGGAUUAGGAGUUAUUGAAAAAGCAGACUACUGAAGAAGCUUAGAAAAGAAGGCAGAAAAUGACCUGAAUUCUCAGAAGUGAAAGACGAAGCUAAAUGUGUCCGUAUCACUCCCAUUUCACCUGGGUCCACGCUUCAGUUUCCAAUGCCAGAUGGAUUCCUAUAAUUUCCACUUUGAGAGAAUGAGCAACCUGGACCUGCACCCUCUGAGCCUACCAUUGAGUCGGCUCUCCCCAGCCAAGUCCACCAGCAGCAUCGACCAGAUCACCCACCACCACGGCAAGGGCGACUCGGCCUACAGCUCCUUCUCUGGGGGCUCCAGCGCCCCAGAAUACCCGUCCCCCCUCCUUUCAGACGACCUCCAGCACCACAGCCUGCACUACGCCGACCUGAAGUAUGUGAAGGCCAUCUACCACCCCAACGUCCUCGACUCUGACGCCAAGAGCAUGGAUCAGCUCUACCGCUCGGUGGAGGCCAUCUCAAACCAGUACCGCUACAACGAUGGCUGCCUGAGUGCUGCACAGUACUGUAAUCAGAAUCAGGAAACGCUGCUGCCCCCUCCACCCCUGCCGCCUCCGCCCCCCGCCCGCCUGGACAGCUUCAUAGCCACCAGGAACUUGGAGAACUGCAGGGCACAGCACGGCCCCGAGGGCCAGCUGGCAGACAGGCCACCUCCACGGCCCCAGACAAAUAAUCCUGAUGCUGCCUGUCUCAAGCCUGACCUAGUCUAUGGCCGCCUGGCCUCACAGCCAUAUCACAGGGACCCAGUGGACCCUGACCACACGGAUAAUAACACUGAGCAACAAAAGUCAGCAAACAUCUUAAGCCGAUCACCCCCUCGCACGAGUCAGCCUGAGCACCCCAAACAGCAGUCCGGUAGCAGCGAUGGCGGGCACUCGGAGGGUCAGCGCAAGAGGGCGCACUUGGCCCACGGCUCCCUCAUACCGGAGCAGCAGCGGUCCGCCAGUCCCUGGCAUGUGGCACAGAACAUGGUCAACAGCAGCAUCCAGCACAAGGGCCAGUUCUACUUCGUUACAGGUGUUUGUAAGUCAUCAGAGUCCCGUCUGAAGCAUGGCUCUCUGUGUGUGCCAGAGGUAGGCAGUGAGAGCCCUGUGCCAGCGCCGGUGGAGACCCACAGGCUGGUGGAGAGGGAGAGUUCACACAGCACCAUGGACAACAUGUUCAGGAACAAACAGAGGCACCACAGCACCCAUGAUACCGCAACAACCGACAACAGGGAGUUUUACACCAAGGGUCAAGAUGAGGAAAAACAGACUCGGAGUAGAAUUUCAUACAGUCCCUCUCACAUUUCAAACCAGGGCUCCCGCAGUUUCGAUGCUUUAGAGCAAGGUCACAAGGUCCAGAGCAGAGAGAUCGGCAGGCAUCACAGCCCCAACCACCCCAUCUUCUACUGCGGCCCAGAGGAGAACUGUCUGCCAUUAUCAAACUUCCACAACCAGGUAGUCCCUCCUCCAAUCAGCAUGGAGCAGGCCAACCACCACAAGAGAGACAAACAGGUCAAGAGCGGGAGGAGGCAGCCGUUAGGAGACGUUGCCAGCGAAAAGAUCAACAAGGAAACCACCCCGCUUCUGUACCACCUCACUGGAGCCAACAGGGCGGCGCUGAAUUUGCACAAGCCCAAAAAGGACAUUGAGGUCAGUGUGAAAGGUAAAGAUGCAGGCCUCAACACAGCCCCCGUUAGCUGUAGUGAUACGACACCACAGGGUGAAACAUCCAAGGAGGAGAGAGUGGAGGCUACCUCCCUCCCCUGCAACACUCUGGAUGACUCCUUCAAGAAGUACUACAAGGAAAAACUGAAGGACGCCCAGUCUAAGGUGCUCAGGGAGACCUCCUUUAAGAGGAGGGACCUGCAGCUGUCAUGGCCACACAGAGUGAGGCAGAGGCCUGAGCUCAGGCCCACAGUACUUCACACGGUCUCCUCUUCACAGGACUCUGAGACCUCAACAGAUACACUCACCUCCUCCCCAACACAUUCUGAGGGGACAGAUAAGGAGAACAUAAAGGAAACACUGAAGGAGGUUGAGAAAGCGAAAGAGAGCGUGGUGGUGAAGGACAGUGAAAAGGAAAACGGGAGACCAGCGAAUGUUGCCCAGCCUCAGGUGGCUCGAAUCAAGGGAAGGAGGCGUCUGACUCCAGAGCAGAAGAAGCUGUGCUACUCAGAGCCGGAGAAUCUGAACCAGCUGGGUGACACACCCUCCCACCACACAGCCUGCCGUUCCCUGGGCAACGAAAGUGAAGGAGGCCUGCUAGUGCUCUCAAGCGAGGAGGGGGAGCUGGGAGAACAGGGCCUGGUGGCAGCUAGGAGGAAGAUGUUUGAAACCAGAGGCAGGGCCCUGUCUGCUUCCAGCCUCUCCAAGACAUCCCUGAAGCACCUCCAGCACAAGGCCCUGGUGGCCUACAUGGAGCGCAAGACAGGACACAAGGUGGCUGAGUCCCAGCAGCUCACCCCUCAAGCCCCUCCAGCCUCUCAAGCCCCCAGCCAGAGGCACUCCACGGCUGGGAAGCCAUCUGACUGGGAUCCCAGGCCUCAGUCUGGGAAUAAAGAAGGCCCCAAGAAGAAGCCGCACAGGCCCCACUCCGCUGGCCGCAUCCUGGACUCAACCUCCAGCUCCAUAAGGUACUCCCAGUUCAGCUCCAGCUCCACCCAGGCCCGAGGUUAUUCCCAACAGGCCAGCUGGAGAAUGUCACCCAGCCCCUCUCAGGGGAAGUCUGCCUCUGUGGAGAGUCUUCUCGACCAGCCUGAACCACAUGAGUUCUUCAGAAAUCGCUCCACCUCAACGCCACACGCAUUUCAGGGUCACAACUACAUGAAUGAUCCAAUACCAGUUAAUACUAUGGACACUUCCAGUGCUCAGACUCAGAGGCCAGUGGAUGAGGAGAUGGUGGUAAUGAGGAGAUGCCAGGCCAUGUCGGUCCCUGAGGGUCAGCGGGUCCGGGUGGUGGCCCAGCGGGGGAAGUCCAUGGAGGAGCUGGGUGUGUCCCAGGUCAGCCGCUCCCUGGUCCUCAAUAAGAGCUCUGAGCAUCUGGACCAGCUCCGCAGUAGGCAGAGAGGCCCAGGACCAGGCCAGGAGAAGAGGAUCGUCUCAAAAUUCGGCGAGGGCCAGGAGAAAGCCCAGGGGCAGACCAAGAGGAAGUCCCUCUUCAAGCAGGAAUCUGCUCCACAGCUGGGCAGUGAGGAAGACAGAGGGGAGAUGACUAAAAGCACCAGGGAGUCUAGUGAGUCUGUCUCCCCAGCAUGGAGAACCUCGUCUCGGGUCAGGACUCGCUCAGAUGGCUCCCCUAGAUCAUAUGACUUUGGCCCCCUCGUUAAAGAUGAAAUAGAGACCACUGUGCUCUCCUGCGACGUCCUACUCCCACCGUCCCAUAAGGGUCAGGAGUCCAGUGAGAGAGAGGUCAAGUCUACCUCAACUUCUCCCUCCAUACCCAUCCAUCCCAGGGGCACUGGCGAGAGCAAGACUGGCUCCAGCAGAGUGAAGACCGCCCCUCCUUUACAACACUCUGUGGAGAGAGAGCAGUCAGUGGACGAGCCCAGUGAGAGUCAGGAAGUCUCCCUGAGCUGUGGAGUCACCACAGACCCCACUCUGUGGAUCAUACCACCUGAACCAGGGAGCAAAGACAAGGGCGAGGACCCAGCCCUUUCUGAUAAUCUGACAGAGGGAGAAACUCCAACUCUAGCCCCUGCUCCAGCAGCUAGUGAGCCCCUUACAACUUCCUCCACCACGCCAGUCCCUGACACUGACACCUGCCAGAGCGGGGAGGGCGAGCAACCAGAGGAAGAAAAGGAAACCGAGGCAGUGGAGCGGGUGACCCCAGCAGGCGAGACAGAGAGCCCAGAAAAGACACCAACCACCGAGGAGCCAAAGUGGGAGGAGCUGGUGGAGGAGGUGGUCACAGCGGACCAAUCGCUGGCUCGGGUGCUGUACCCGUUGACCAAUCGUAAGACGGCGCUGAUGCUAAUGGAGCAUCUACUGUCAGAGGACACUCUGCUGAUGGAGGAGCACUAUAAGAAGAAGCAGGAGCAGAGAGACGCUGCAGACAGCUCUGAAACAGUGGAUGAUGCUGAAGCACCUCCCACAUCUCCUGAUGAUGAUCAAAUCCAACCAGAGCCACUGAGCAAGACGGAUGUCACUGAGAAGAAGAGGCUGCUGGUGGCGUGUAUUGAGGAGCGCCUGCAGGCCUUGGAGGAGCCCUGUGGUGCCCUGCAGGUGGAGAUGCAUGAGAAUGGGGUGCGGGGCGAGGCCGUGGAGGCCCUGGUUCGGGAGCGAUGUACGCCCGUGGAGCUGGAGCGCUACGGCCUGUUCAUCGGAGACCUGGAGCGUGUGGUCAGCCUGCUGCUGUGUCUGUCCUCUCGGCUGGCACGCGUGCAGAACGCCCUGAGGACCGUGGACCAGCACACAGACGAAGAGGAGAAGGAUUCUCUGGACAACCGUCACCGUCUGCUGUGCAAGCAGUGGGAGGACGCCAAAGACCUGAAGGACAACCUGGACAGACGGGAGCGGAUGGUGUCUAACUUCCUGUCUCGCUGCCUGACGGCCGAGCAGCUCCAGGACUACCAGCACUUCGUCCAGACCAAGGCCUCGCUCCUCAUCAGGAUGAAGGACCUGGAUGAGAGGCAGCGUCUGGGGGAAGAGCAGCUAGAGUCUCUGCUCAACACCCUCCCUCCCUGGGGACCACCAUCAGGCCCCUAUCCUACUCUCUCGUCUCCCCCAGCUGUCCAUCACCUCUCUGGGCUUACAGAGCCCUGAAUUCCCUCUGCUUCAUCCAUCCUGGGCUGUCACUAGCCAGCAAAAUCACAUGGAUGUCUGUAAUAAAAAAAAAAGGAGUCCCUCAGACUCCAUCUGUCCAUAUGUAUGUAUAAGGAAUAUAUGUGUGCCUUUAGAGGGGUGUAGAAGUUAGGACUACAGUGUGGAAUGUCCUGUAUAUCUAUUAUCACUUUAAUUUUAUGUCCUUUUCACCUCUGCCUGUGGCUUUGAAAAACGAUAUAAGCUUUAAGAUUGUAUUCUGGCCUGGAAGUAGUCUUGUUCAUCAGUCAUACUGUACUGUGUGUCUGUCUGAAGCCCGGUGAGUGAGGCUAGCCUGAUAAGGUUGCUAAAUACUGUAUAUCUCAGUCAAAAUAGGUGGUAGAUUUAAUCUCUUUAUCUACUUAUUAGUGCCUUCAUUUAAAAUGAAGGCACUAUAGAUAACCAAAAAGGUGAAUGAAAAAAGCACUUUGAUAUGUUACUGCACAUUUCUAUUUUCUUUUGAAAACACUAAGUUCAAAAGCUAAGCCUUACUCCAUCCAAUGUUGUUUUUUCAACUGAUUUAUAUAGGUAUUUUCAGAAUGAUGGGGUUUUACGUGGUAUGUAAGCACAUUCAACGAUGCAGAUUAUGUACAGUAUUACCCACUGCUAUUUAGGCUACAGAUGUUAUGUCUUAUGGUUUCAUGCUGACAAAGUACCACUAAAGAGGUGAACCUCUUAAAAAUAUAUUAAGCAUAAUAGUUUUAAUGGUAUCCUUGUGGUGGCCUUCUAUGUCAACAUUCCCCAGGAAAAGCCCUCAUGAGGCAUGCCUAUUUAUUUGUUUUGAUUUAUGUGGAAAUGCACAACCAUAAAUCUUUAAUUUUAGACCUUAUUUUUUCCCUAAUAAUGAAUGUCUUGUGUGAUGUUGAUUUCUGUUUUGCUAUGAUCAAUAUUUUUUGAAUAUUUGACCAAGUGAAAGGACAGAGUUGUUAUGAUUCUGUGCUAAAUUAUGAUCCAGCAGGGCUUACUUACAUCACUGGUUCCCUCUGAUUGAUACUGUAUGUGUUCAUUGUGAGGGGAUUAGGAUGUGAGAAGCCUUUUUCCUGUUUAAGUAACAGUACCGUGUCUUUGCUUUGUGUUCUUUGGUCCUUGUUUGUUUUCCCAAUCCUAUUAAUUCACAGAUGAACAUUUUUAUUAUUGCUCUCAUACAUGUGCUCAUGUACUAUAUAACGUUCACCCAUGUGUGGAUCUUCUGUUUGAGGACUUCCUCAGGCGUUGAUGGUAGCAGAACUGAAAAAACUGUUUUGAGCUCCAAAAUAAUUCAAUGUACUGUUCAUCGACAGAAUGGAUUAUUUUGUGAAAUGUCAAAUAAUCUGAGAGAACACAAACAAUAUACAUUUCCACAAAAUAUUCUAAUGUACACUGCUCAACUUCUUACUCUAAACAUUUCUCUGGAGAUUUGCAGCGAUGUCCAUUUCAGUCCGUAAAACAAAUGUGUGUUUAUUUUGGCCUUUGAACAGAGGACAGCCACAAAGGUUAAGUGGGCCUGAAGGAAUUCCUGAGGCAUGCGAAUGAUCUGUCCCUGGAAACAGAGGUAAGGUAUCACCAACAGAAAGGACAUUCUUGCUUUUAACAGAUCCAUGCUAUUUCCUGUUAUGUAUAUAAACAUGUAUUAUUGUUAGUAACUUAUCACUUAUUUUUACCCAUUUGUCAAAAAGUGUUUUGUUAAUAAAUAUCCCACAACAGGGCUGGUGUUUUGAAACAGGUAUUGUUUGUUUAGUGGGGGUAGGGUUUUCCAACCCGGAAAGAGAUCUAAUUAGAAAGAAUGAUCACAAUGAAUGACACAUUUAUCGGUUUUCAAUCAAUCCCAGUCUUGCUUGGGAUGACAGUAUGGGCCUUUGUACUUGCAUUUCCUCUGGCUGUCUUCAUUGUGUGUGACUGACUGUCACCUCCGUGUUGUGUUUUGUUUGCCUUGUGGAAAGUUUUCUUCAUUUGUUGCUUGAAAUUUAGAAUUUCAUGACAUUUGUUAUAUUGUGAAUAAAUUCAACUUUCUCCUUCCAUCAAA